AUGAUCCGCAACGGCCACAAGUUUGGCGUGAUCAAUUUUGACCGCAUUCCGGGAUGCACAUUAAUAAAUGCCACUUACAGAACUGUGGAAAAUGUCAAUGUGUUAACCUGUAUUUCGGAGUGCAGGAAAAAUAAAGCUUGUCAUUCAUUGAAUUUUCACAAGAAAAGUGAAAGUACGACGCUGUGUGAACUCAACGAGCUCGAUCGUUAUGCCGCUGACUCCGAACUGGCGUUUCAGAAACAGGCAGGCAGCGAAUAUUACGAAAUCAAGGUACACACAUCGAUUUCAGUAAUUAAUAAUUAUUGGACGUGAACCAUAAUAAGUAGCCUCUUUCGCAGGCAACUCGGCGCUCAAAGGCAGAAUUACGUACGCAACACCAAACAAACUUAUUAUUUCUCCCGCCAUUUUUUAUCUACAGUACUUCUUCAUGUGGUUUUACGAUUCUUUGUUUUGACCACAUGAUAUUGACUAAAAAUGUAAUCGGACACUGAUUGGGUACUACCAGAAAGGUGUUAGAUACGACUACCAGAAAGGUGUUUAGAUCGUUGAAAGUUGUACUCUUCCUUAGCUCACCUUAUUGUUGCCAAAAUGCCGUAAGCUAUUAAGUGAUUGGAGGGAGAUUAAAUAAACUCUCGGUGGGUCCAAGGAAAGUGGCAUUUCUAAAUUCUGAGGAAUAUUUGACAAUCAGAAAUCUCGAAAUUGCAAUAUAUUGACUACGCAGAACAACUGUUUCCAGCCACAUAACAAUAUAUAACAUAAACCUUAUCUCUUGAGGGGUUAUCCGGUUAUCGCCCUCUUCUUUCUCCUCAUUCAUGCAUAGUUGAGAGUUUUACCCCUCCCUGCAGCCUAUUUCAGUAACUUGUUUUUCACCCUGCUCGGUUUCCUUUGUGCUUAUCGGGGAAUAUAUUCAAUAUUCCUCUCUAAUCAAUUUCCGUUUAAUGAUCCCCUCUAAUAUUUAUAGACCCGGAGCGAGGGGGAUUCGGCGUAAUAUUUCCCGAAGUGAUGAUAUUUUCCGAGGGGCUUUGCUCCGAGGAAAAUAUCAUCACUGGGGGAAAUAUUACGUCGAAUCCUCCGAGCGGAAGGUCUAUAAAUGAUAUAUUAUACCGAAGGUUAAAGAACUCACUAAGUUCAGAAUAAACUUUAAAACUUGCUGAAUAUUAAUAUUAAACUACGCGAAUACAAUUUUUAAUUUCUUAUGUAUACCUGAGUUUUUGACGUUUCCUCUUUAAAUAUUUAAGCAUGUAUCCUUUGGAUCAUUAAAGGCAAAAUGCGUCUUGAAAAUGUUUCGUUAAAUCAAAUAUUCUGUACGAAAAUACGAAAUUACAAACAACAGCUCGCGAACGCCAUAUUGUUUCAGAGCGUGGUGUCCACGCGUCACGCGUGAGCGUGGGAUACUAUAAUAUCCCACGGUGGAUCUUCCGUGGGAUAUUAUAGUAUCCCACGCUGGAUUGGGAAAUCAUGAAUUUGAGUGAAAUACCGUAAAAAAUCACAUUAUCACGUGGUACAAAUGCUGUUUUUUUAUUGGACAAUUUGAAUUUGAGGUAUAAUAUUCACCUAUAAUGUCUUUGCAGCACAAAAACUGAGAAAAAAACAACAUAACGAAGGCAAUAUGGCAUUAAGAAUUAUUUCUAUUCUGCCUCAUUAACGCGACCUCGCAAUGUGAAAAAUAAGUACGUUAUCCAUAUCCUCGGGAAUAUGUGUUUAUUCACCUCGGCGCUGCGCGCCUCGGUGAAUAAAUCACAUAUCACCUCGUUGCCUUAAAAUAACCUAUACAUAACCGUCGGCCUGUCAUAAUCCUGUUGUAUAUUGUGAGAAGUCAAUGAUAAUAUUUUUAAUGACGUGUUUGUGUUCUAUUGUGUUUUUGUUAACUCUCCGGGCAACUAAACAACUUUGAAAUAGGGGAGCGGGUGUUUGGAAUGUUAAAUUGUGCAAUUAUUUGCAAAAACAACCUACUGAUCUGUGUAUCCUACCUUUUAAUGGCACUGAUUGUUUACGAUUUUCCAGGGGAUUCUAGGAAAUAUAGAUGCCCCCAACCCGCCCUGGAAAUAGAUGCACGCAGAACGCCAUAGGCCGGGCAAAUAGAGCCUGGGUCUUUUGCGGGCUCGACCGCGGGGGGUAGGGUAAGCCUUGUUUGAAAAGUCGUCAGACAGUUUUUUAUUUCAAAUAGUUACUGAAGUAUAUGAUUUUGGGCUCAUAAUAACCAAUUGCUCUAUGGAUAAAAUUCGUGCGUGACCCUGCUUAUGAUGUCACAUGCAUAUCCGCCAAAAUCCAAGAUGGCGGAAAGCUCGCUGAUUUGUGAUUAUUUCUGUUGAAAUAUCUCAAGAAAUAAUAAAGUUACUCAAAAUCGGUAAAAGAGAUUUACGUAUAAUUUUAAAAGUUCUUUCAAAUAAAAUAAUAAAAAAUAUAUUGCUGUAUCCCUUUAAAGCAUCGUUGUUUUAAAAGUUGUACGGUAUCAUUCUUGUAUGGGAUAUCGAUUAAUCUUGAAAGAAAUGUAUUUAAAGGCGAAAAUUCGAGUAUAAUUUCGUGUGACAUAUGCCAAGUCUGGGCUAUUUUGAUCGCAAUCUUCCCUGGGGCCUUCCUGCCUUCUCUCAUUUUUAGGAAGUCACAGGUGGGCGCGGAAAUCUAGAGCCUAGGUCUCUGUGGUCAAACGAAAUAAUUAUACUUCCCACAUUUUAAUGUUACGUGAAGUAUUUUAGACAAUCAGUGUAUCCAUAGUAACAAGAAACGCUUCAUAAUUUUAUUUUUAAUUAUUGAAUUAUUUUUAUAUAUUUACAAAAUAAUUGAAGAUUUGUAUCUUUAGCUGUAGAAUUGUUAAUUGCAUAACUAAAUAACGUAUGUAUGUUAUUUCCCACCCGGUAAGCUUAGAUUUAAUGUAAAAUGAACUUUUCGCAAAAUUUUAUAAGAACAAAUUUAAACUGUUUUUGCCUAUACAUAAACGUCAUCCUUUAAAUCAAUUCUUUAGAGCGCUUGCAAGGGUGUGAUAUGUCACAAUGGAGCUAGAUGUGCCAGCAAUCAUAAAGAAGGAACUUGGCAAUGUCGUUGCACUGUUAAUUAUGCUGGAAAAUAUUGCGAGAAAUACAGUGAGUAAAAUUUGUACAUCGUAACUGCUUUAUUAAGGUGGUAUGAUACGAUUUUUUUAGAAUGGAAAAUUCACAAUAUAGGUCAAUAUGUUGCACAUUUUUUAUUUAGUUGAAAAAAUUUUAUUUAGUGUCAAAAAUAAUUGAGUACACUGAGAGAAGUGACAUGGACAGUGACAUGGACAGUGAUUGGUCCACCUAUCGUAGGCUGCGAAAUACCACGACGGCUCUUAUACAAAUAAGUAAAGUUAAUUACCAACGUGAAGCUUUUCAGGAUAACACAAAUUAACGCCCAUUUUCUAAAAGCUCACUCACACUCACAUUCACUGAGUGGAGGUUCAAUCCAAGCUUCUGUUGAGUGUCAAUGCUGUUUUUGAAUAACUGGAGGGUGAGCUAGCAGUCACAUAGUAAGGUAUGACACUAGCGCUCCAGCUAUUCUAAAACAGCGUUGGCGCUCAAGAGAAGCUCAGAUUGAACCUCCACUCAUUGAGUGUGAGUGUGAGUGAGCUUUUAGAAUACGGGCGUAAUUCGCCAAACGAUUCUUGGAAAGAAAUUUAAAAGGCAUACCCGCUCAAAAAACAAAGCAAAAUUAAUUCAUUUUGCGAGUACACUAAUUACGACUACGGAUGAGAAGGAAAUUGCAAACGCUUUCUGCUCGUAACCAGGGUUUUUUUCAGGAUUUUCUCUUGGGUCCGAUUUUGCAGAGAAGAUUGAAUUUAGCUGAACAGCUGGGAUGGUUGCACCCCCCCCCCCCCUACCCUACCAGGGGGGUUGAAUGUGUUAAAGCAGGGGCACUAAGGGACACUAUAAACUGGUUAAAGAUGGCGAAUGCGUUGUGUUGUGAGAUGAAUUCCAGCCAUUUUUCUUAAUUGUCGGGUUUCCACCUGAAAAUUAAUUUCCACACGUCACGAAUUUAACUCAAACAACUUCAUUCUUACUGCACUGAAACUUUGGUGAGAAGAUUGUGUUUCAAAACUCAAUUCAAGAUUGAGUUUUUGGGGCCGUUUUACGGCACUAAAAAAUCCCUGAAAAAACCCUGGGUAACCUACUUUACAGACAUCGGGUCAUCUAUUUCUAAUAUAUAUCCAGUAAUAUUGUAUAUAGAAAUGUUUUCCUUUGCAUGGACUUUUACAACAAUAUUUACCCAAAUGGCUAUAUUAAAUUUAACCAUGUACACACAGUUCAAGUGCACGAUCUCCUUCUUGAAUCUAUCUGGUUGUGAUUGCAUGUAUAUACACCUUCAAAGUUCAUUAAAGACGGUGCAAGCCGCGGACUAGCAAUGCUUUUAACAAUUUAUAAACGGUUACAAGCACCAUGCAACAAGAACAUACAGUAUGACAUUUACAAAAGCACAAAAUACUUCUUUAAAGUGGUUAGAAAAGAAAACGAAGACAUCAAAACCACCUAAUUUUGCAAAGUUCUUUCUUUUCCAGUGUUAAUAAUUCCAGAUUCAACUCUUCAUGGCCAUCCGUUCAGAGGAAACUUCCGAAAAAUAUUUUUAACUUCAUCAUCCUGUAUAUCAAUAACACACUUCCAACGCAAAAAAAUCCCUAUCAAAAUGGGACUUAAGACAGUGUUUCUUUGCUUAUUAUUGAAUAUAAUUACUUCAGAGACCUGUCUAAUACAGAUAUAUAACACCUAUUUGUAUCCGGUUUUUUAUAUAUAUGGCCUCUUUGGGUACUUAUAAUGAAGAAUAAUGAAAAAAAUUUCUCGAACUCAAAUUUUGUGAACCAUGGGGGUGUGUCUUUUCCAACAAACUGAAAAUGGCUCGCGCACAAAAUUUAAAAGCUGAAAUCAUAUUUUGAGUUAAUAAAUGGAAAAUUGGUCGGGUUUUUAAUUACUGUACAAAAUGUCAGAUAAUUUGGUUUAGUUUAAGCCCUUAACUAUUCACGCAAAGUUACAUUUUUCCUAAAAAUUUGCUAUUUGCAUGCUUAAUUAAUGCAUUUGCCUAAUUUGCAUGUGUCAGCAAUAUGCAAAUUAGGUAAAUGCAUUAAUUAAGCAUGCGAAAGGCUGACUUUUUAGAACAAAAUGAAUAGUUAAAGGGGCUUAAACUAAACCAAAUUGUCUGAAAUUUUGUACAGUAAUUAAAAAACCCACAAAUUUUCCAUCUGUUAACUCAAAAUAUGAUUUCAGCUUUUAAAUUUUGUGCGCGAGCCAUUUUUAGUUUGUUGGAAAAGACACCCCCCCCCCCUGGUUCACAAAAUUUGAGUUCGAGAAUUUUUUUUUAUUAUUCUACAUUAUAAGUACACAAAGAAGCUAUAUAUAUAAAAAAUCGGAUACAAAUAGGUGUUUUGCAAAAUUCAGAGCAAUUUCAAAUCUGUUCAGUUUUUUUUAUACACCCUGUAUAUAUAUAUAUAUAUAUAUAUAUAUAUAUAUAUAUAUAUAUAUAUAUAUAUAUAUAUAUAUAUAUAUAUACAAUUCAAUUCAUCUUUUGUGCUUAAUAACUUUCGAAAUACUAUUUCUAGUUAAACGCUUUUAGGCUUACUUCAAAGCCUGUUCUUUUCUCUUUCAAACAAAUUAUUAUCCUUGUCUCCAAUGCUAGUAAUAAUUGCACAGAAAAAGAUUUAGUAAAACCUAUCAUUUUUAGUUGCUGUUUAAUUAUGCAAGUUUACUAUGUUAUUGUUUAGCCGGUUUAAAUGUUAGAAUUUUCUUCUUUAAACUUUAAUGUUGUCGUCACUGCAUCUGGAACACCACGUAAGAACAAAUUAAAAGUAUUUUAAAAGAGACCAGGUUGUUCGAAAAUCCUAAACGAAUGCUAAAAAUCGUCCAAACAUUCUGGUGUCUGAGCCAGAGUGUCAUCGAAUUGCGAUGUAAUGUAAACAGAAAUUAUAGCAAGUUGAUGUCAGUCAGCUUAGAUGGUCCAAGCCAAAAUUAUAUUGCAUUUAAAGUUUCAAACUGAGUAAAAAAUAAUGGAAGAAAGGCCGUAAUUAUACUUAUUGUUACAAUUCAUUUAAUAAAAUGCAACAUUUUUUUCUUUUAAUGAAAAAAUCAGUUAUUUUCAUGAGAACGAUUUCAAUUGUUAUUCCAUUUCAAGUUUUGUAAUCUCCAAUCGCAAUAACGUAAAGUAUGAUUACCCGCGAACCAAUGAGUCAAAUUUAAGAAACAACCCACUGUUGGAAAGCUGAAUGGCUUAUACGCUUUAAAAUGAAUGUAAACUUUAACGUUUUCGUCUAUUAUUUGUUUAGCAAUUUACAUUUCAGUCGAGGUUUGCGCUUUUUUUUAUACACCCUGUGUAUAUAUAUAUAUAUAUAUAUAUAUAUAUAUAUAUAUAUAUAUAUAUAUAUAUAUAUAUAUAUAUAUAUAUAUAUAUAUAUAUAUAGUAUAUAUAAUACGGACACUGCCUCUUCAGUGUUCGUAUAUCAGAGGUCCGAGUGUACCUAUUAAAUAUUCCUUUUAGAUCCAUAUGGAGGAAUGGUCAAGUUUCAUGGAGCUGGGAUAAUUAACAACGAACUUUUUCAAGUCGAAGGCGAGUUUAAUCAUGCAACAGCAAAGAAUGUGUGUAAGGAAUUUGGUGCCAUUCAACCAUCGAAAGAAGAUAUUGGUCGAAUAGCAAGUGAAGCAGAGUAUGGACACUGUUCUGCGUAUGUGCUUCGAGUUGAGUUUAAAUUGGAAUUUAUACCUGGCUAGCUGUUAAAUUAAUAUUUGUUUAAAAACCUAUUGAUUUUGGUCAUAUUCAUACCCAGUUAACUAUCAUCUUUGGAAUAUAGACAAUACACGAAAUAUAAUUACAAAACAUAUUCCGAAUACGAACAUCUUGCACGUGCAGUCAAGAUUCGAAGAAUAUCAACAAGAAGACAGGCUAGGCGGCAAUAGUUUGUUAUAUGCUUGGAAAAAGGAUUCAGCAAUGAACUAUUCGCAACUUUUGAACCAAAACGUGACUUGUUAUGAUCAGCAACUGAGACAUAUAUUUCUACUGCAGCCUGUCACAAUUCCUACCUUUCUAAGGCCAGGGUCAAACGUCGAACUUUUCGUGUGCCGAACCUAAUGUUAAUGAGCUAAUUUCUCUUUUUCACUUCAUUUGCAUUAGGUUUGGAGCAUGAAAAGUUCGACGUUUGACCCUGGCCUAAUAUGUUUUUUGUUGUUUAGUGCAUGGAACAGCGCAGGAGGUCUUGGUUAUCCAGAGUACAAUGGUAAUUGCCAUGGUGGAAGCACUCAUACUGGUUAUUUCAGCCAUAGUUGUUGUUCAAAUAAAGUAACUACACUGAAGAAUACUUGGUGUUUGAAAAAGAAUAUUGGUAAGCCCUUUUUUAUCGCAGUCGGUAUCCAUUUCAGAUACACGACAAUAAUAGUAUGCCAGACAUAGGCGUACGAGGCUGAGUGUUCCGCCAACUUUUAUCAAAUAGGGAAAGUUUCGCAAUUUGUCCUUCACCGUCGAGCAAAAAAAAAAGCGAGAAAGGCGGGGGGGGGGGCAACGGCGCCGGAAGCAACGUGAAGCGGCGGGGGCAGUCAUUUCAAAAGGGCACUUCAUUUUUCUGGGCAGCAAUAUUUGCUAAAACUUUAGUAUAUUCAAUUGUUAUUUUGACAAUUUAAAAAAAUAUCUGUUGAGCAAAAAUUAUAUAAAUUUGAUCAUUUCUAUGAUAUUUUAUUUUUUCCUCAAGAGAAUUUUUUUAAAUUGUUAAGGUAAUUGAGUAUACUAAGAGAAAUCAUUUUAUGAAAUAAAGUUUAGGUUCACCGAUGCCUCUUCUUACUUUAAAGCCAAAAUAUUCACUGUCUUGAAACGUCAUUAUUGCUAGAGCAACGGCAGUUGUUUAAAUUUUGUAAACCGAAAAUUUAACUGCCUUUAGAUUUUGUUUAACAUCAGUAAGAUAUUUUGUUUUUCAACAAAUAAUAAUUGUCCAAAAAUACGGAUCGGAUCUAAUUAGUCGUAAAUUUUUCAUUGUUUUUUAAUUAGUCGUGAAUUUUGUAUUGCCGUCUUUUUACGGCUUAAAAACCGUGACUUUAUUUUGCUUGUAUAAAAAUGUCCCUACUUAUAUUGUUUAAUAGACAGCUGUUCAAAUUCAUCAAAGCGUGCAGACUGUAAAAUAUGAUUUAACCAUGAUUUGAUGAUCUUAUUCGAUAUUCUUACAGAUUUUUGCAAACCAGGGUGGUAUGGCAACUUCAAGCACUGCUAUCUAUUCAGAGAUGAUAAUCUGGGAACUUUCGAAGAAGCGAAGAAUAAGUGUGCUGCAAAGAAUGCCGUUCUUGCCAAAGUUCGCAUCACCCUUCCUUCCAUCCGCUCCUUCAUUAAACGAGUGUGUCCAGACUGUCGUUCUAUGUACGUUGGUGCAGAGAAG